AUGGACGCAACGGACAGGGCAGUAAUCGUCCGGGCCAUACUCAACAACAAUUCUGACAAUUACCUUUACGACUAUCUUACCCGGCGAGAAGAACAAUCUUCUUUUACGGAAGAUUGCCGGCUUGAGCACGAUGGUUAUUUGGCCACUCUUCAGAAAAUUGUGAACCAUGAAGCCAACGCAAAGAUCGCUGUCGUUACAGAUAAGUUUGAGGUAGAGAAAAAGUCAGCGGCUGUUUCUGGAUUUUGGAAGAGAAUUGAUGAAGAGCGAAAACAGAGGGAAGAAGAAAAAGCUGCAGUACGAACGGCUUCGUUAGGGCACCUUAACAUUAUCGGUCGGGCGCUCACCACAUACGAGCCCCGAAUACGCAGGAAUUUAGUUACACGAGACAGCGACGACGUUUUAGGUGAGCAGAACAACCAAGAGGAAGUCGAAGUUAUUAGAGAUGUCGAAAGGGAAUCUAAAACCAAUGGCUCACUCGUUUCCUCGGUGGUUAUGCGAGAAGUCUCAAGUUCGUUUUUGCCAAAACAACCAAGAGAUGAGGAAGCCGAAGUGCUGUCUGCUUCCGUAACAAAAAACAUAAUGUCACCUCCAAGGCCUACAUAUAACGUAUCAAGGCCUUCUCCUGUGGUGCGUGGCAAGCGAAAAUUAAGGAAUUUGCCGGAAGAUAGGCCGCAUUUGAGAAUCCGUUUGCACGAAUGCGAAUCAUCUGAUAGCGAGCACGAGGAGGAUGAUGAUGGGGAGGAUUUUAGCAGCAGCUCGGACGACGACGGCAAUGAUAUUGGCAUCGACUUUGACUCGAAUAUCUUCACAGAGAACAAUGAGAAAGGAGGAUGGAUGUUAGAGACUGGGGAAAAGAUAGUGAAUGUGCUAUCUUCUAUGACCUCAAAGGCCAUAGAGCAAGUAAAGCAUUCGGAAAAACGAGAUGCAUGUGCCCUUAGCGUUAUCCGUCUUGGCCUUUCGUCGAUCAUCGAUCUGUCCUCAGAAUUCCCAGGAGGCAUGUACGAAUGGUUUGGGGAGCAUUGGUCAGCCCUCAAAGCCAGAGCAUUGGAACACUUGAACAUCACGAUCAGGAAAUUUGAAGACCCUCUUACAACUGACAUCAAAAAAAUCAUGGAGUGUUGCGCAUCUUAUCAGUAUUAUGAGGCGCGAAAAUUCGUGCUGGGUAGAAUGUUGGAUCAGCCAACAGAAUGUUUAUAUCAACAAGUGAUGAGAUGUUAUUUUUUUGUCCUGGACAUGUUCCUUAGGGACCCUCACGUUUUCGUGAGCAAGGAGGGCAAGAAGCAAAAUCUAUCCGAGAUGGACUAUAUAGUCAAGAUCAUCGGCCCUAUACUGGACAUAAUUUUCUCUGAUGUUCAGCAACUACUUCAACUCAAAUG